AGUGUGAUCGCACCAAGCCAGUUUGCACCUUGUGCAAUCGACGUGGUGUCCCUGAUGAUUGCGUUUACUACUCCAACAACGACAGCCACACGUCCAGCCCGACGGCCGUCGAAUCCCAACCCGAAGAAAUAAUACACAACCCAAGGCUUUCUGUUGCUCAUGUUUCCAGACCCAUCGACAAGCCAAUACCACCCGGAAAUGCCUUUGGCAGCGGUUUGGAGCGGGGGCCCUGGAGCGCGCGACACGAAUGGUCAAUAUACAUCGUUAACUCCACCAACACCGUCGUCGAGACCUGUUCCGUCUCUUGCAGACUCGUUUGGAUACUUCCAGUACUCCAACAGUAAUACAUUGGCAUUGAUUCAAAAGUUGGGAGCAGAUCACCAUGAUCCUUCUUCCACCGCGACAACGCGCGAGCCGACCCUGUCCCCCGAAAGCACCGACGAUGUUCACCGCAUCCUGGAAAGAAUACCCGACCGCCAAAUCCUUGACUUCUUGGUCCAGUACUUUAGGACCGAGGUGAACUGGAUGGAACACUUGGUGCAUAUCCCUUCGUUCUACCCGCAAUAUCAGGCAUGGUUUGCGCUUGAGCAAAUAACAACCGUCGCCGAGGUCGACUUUGCGAUUCUUGUCUUGCGUCUCUGCUCCUACACCUUGCAAUUCCUGCCGUCUCCCUUCUAUACACUGGACAAGAUUCGUGGAGUACUGCUGGCCGAGAUACGGACGUGUUGCGACGAGACAGCCGACAGCCUCGCGAGCAUUAGCACACAGACAGACAGCCGCGGAUCUCUCGUUAGGACCCAGUCUUUGGCCUUUUAUGCAUUGCAGUGCCAGAUGGAGGGGAAGACACGGGGUUUCUGGGAGGCUUUGAGCCGCGCUAUACGGGUAGGACAGGAUGCCGGUAUCCAUUGCGACGCUGUCAGUCAUCACAAAGGCAUCGACAGGGUAGAGCGGGAGAUGAGACGGAGGACAUACUGCAACCUCUUCGUCUGGGACUCGCUCCUUUCACGCCAACUGGAUCGUAUCCCGUUCAUUCCUGGCCGCAUGGAGGAUGCAAACUGGCCAGACAUACGUUUACUUGAGCCACCACGUCAGAGAGACACCGAAGGGGAGAUCCCAAGUGGCAUGGAGCCCGCCAUUGCCGAGGCGCCAGAUCCAUUCACAGAACGCCUCCUUCAGGCCAAGUUGGCCGACUUUUGGCGCGGUACCGGGGUGGGACAGCGCGCCGAUUACGACAUGAGUCUCCGAGAAGAUCUCUACGAAGUCUUCAGCCGCGAGUACAUCGACCGACUUCCUCCUCCUUUCGCCCUCCACAACCCGGAUGAACGGUGGGAUGAUCGUUUUCCCAAGCUGCGCCUCCAGCGUAAGCUUCUACAUAUGGCCAUUUACGACUCAAUAUUGUGGAAUUUCCGGCCCCUCCUUCUUCGCAAGCCUUCUCCCCUACCAGCCUACAAGUCCGUCAUGUUGAGCUGCCAAAAGCGAAAGCUGGCGGCAGCGGCACUGUGUGCGCUGGAGGCAGUGACACAGCUUCACGCGCUGCUUCACGGCUGCCACACACGCCUCGCCAGCAUUGUCGUCACCACCUUUGAAUCGGCCGUGGUCCUCGUGUAUCUGGCAGCUGACCAAACCUUCCCCGAGGACUGCCCCCCGCAGCAUAUUUCCCCGCCGGAUGCCUUCAAAUCGGACCCUUUGCAAGAGGGGAUCUGCAAGGUCUCGCUAACUGUAACGCUGCAAGCGAUCCAAGGGGCCCUGAAGCGACUCAAGAUGCUUGCCGAAGUGAGCAGCAUGGCAGACGUUGCAGCCACCACUCUGAUACGCCUCAUGAACAAGGUGGCGGUCUUGGCUACUGAACGGGAAGCACCAGAGCAGAUCCACCACGCUUUCAGCAACAGGGCGGCAAGGCCGAUGGUGCUUGGCACUACGCGGCCGCACGCCUCUUCGACCACUUCACUACCAACAUCACAUAUGAGCAGCAUAUCACUACCACUGUCGACCUCGGCACCUGGAGCGAACAACAUUAAUCCAUGGCUUUCAGAGACCAUGUCAGACAUGAGAUCAGUGGACGAGUACAUGUCCGGAAUGAACGAGGCUAUACAUGCUACCUCCGGCUCAGGAGAUAUCUCAGGCAACUGGCCUUCUUUUGACCCGUCACAACUAUACGGACCGGGGGUUUUUGGAAUUUUGGAGGAGGCGUGAGUUGGAAGAUAAAAAAGUUACCUGGGUACAACGAACAAGACUUUUCACACACACUCGCAUACCUAUUCUUGUUUCUUUUGCAACUCAUCUCCACCGUAACUGCACGAACACAAUAUCACUUUUAGCCGGAGAGCGGACCGGAGUGGUUAAUCCCGAAGGCUGUUGGCCAUCUCAUCGGCGAUAAGAAGACAGUGCCAGCAAGGAACAAGGCAGCCAUAGACACACCCCCCACACACACAACGACGAACAAAGCAAUGCAUCGACGAUCGUAUCCGCACAGCGAGUCGUCCUGUGUUCCCAGAGGGAUUUUCAUGAUUCGAGCAAUAAAUACCACGAUGCAAAAGAUAAGCAUAAAGUUUCUCGGGGAAACUUCGAAGUGCGAACAAGAGGGGGACCAAUCGCGGCCAAUAGUCGGCAUGGAAUCGUCGUUCCUCGGUCAAAAAGCAGUUGCCUCUUUGAAGAAUACACGCCAUCAACAUCGAUACACAUGUAGGCUACAGCGCUCCCGGCAGGACCUUCCUGACUGGGUUCCAUGUCAGCCGAAAUCCGCCGGAAGUGAAGCCCCGGACCCUGGUCCGCGGGAAGACGGGAUGGGGCGUCUUUUAAACAGCCUUGGCACCUGGGCUCCCCACCUUGCGCUUGGGGGUUUGGCAGUCAAUGCGGUCAAAGUUCCGCUGUCAUUCCGCCCUCGUUCCGUGGUGGAAGCAGCGGGGUUUAAGGCGAUGGGUGAACCAAUUGGCCUUUCUUUGCGAAGUUGGGUGUCAGAAGACGACGUGACGACCAAACAAACAGUCACAAGGAAUUUCUCUCUCAAGGUGUCAGGACCCCAGAUCAGCAUGGGUCCAGCGCAACCCCCGUGGUGAUAACCGCUAAUGCUGUGCUAAAACGCUUGUCGUUGACAGAUCCACCCUAGUUCCACGCCGCCGACCUUAUUUUGACGACUUGGACUUGGCUUGCACUUGGUGGAUGGUGAAGGGUCCACCUGUCGUCUUCUGGAAUGCCAUGGUGAGAGCCUCAUUCGAUUUUCACAUGGCGAAAGACUACCCGAGCGCAUGCGCUACCCAGCCUUGGCUGUGACCCUGCUUCCUGCGUGCCAGAUCAUGCCAUUGUAGCCAUGCGGAGAUCGUGCGCUCGUGAUUGGCAUCUUGACGCGAGAUGACUUAACCUUGGUGGUGAUACAGCAUUUAGUGUUACACGGCAUGAAGCCAAAGAUAUGCACAUGGGAUGAACUGUUUCUAUUCCACGUUCGGCCUGCCAGCAUGUAUUUGCAUGCACCUCAUCAUCACCAUUACUGGCCAUUCACCAAGGCGCGUUGGUGCCAUCGUACACGUUUGCCCUCCCCGGAGCGGGCUUGUCCCAGCCCUCGACGAAUACCUUGGGUAGCUUCCCGUUGACUUCCUUUUGGCUCUUGUUGAAGAUGAUGUCGAGAGAGGCCUUGGCGCCCUGCUCAGCGGUCAAGUCGGCCAUGUCACCACCUCCGAGCUCUGUCUUCAUCCACUAUUUCCGGAUAUUAGCAUUCAUCAUCAUUCACGGGACGCCGAGCAAACUUACGCCAGGGCAGAGAGCAAUGAAAGUGAAGCCAUCCUUCUCGUGGUCAAGAGCCCACUGCACGGUCAGAGCGUUGAGAGCAGCCUUUGUGAUCUUGUACGCGGGACCAGGAAACUGAACAAAAUGCUCUGCCAGACUGAUGGAGCCAAGGGUAGUGGAAAUGUUGGCCACCUUCUUCAACUGGCCCUUUUCGAGAAGUGGGAAGAAGGCUUGGGUUACCCAGUGAACGCCUUGGACGUUGACCAGGAAGCUGGAAGAGAGGUUGUCCCUUUGGAAGUGUCAGCGCUCGUUCAGAGGGAACCGAUGGAUCAAGAAGGCACUCACAUGGACUUUGUCCCUUGGAACGCAUAUUCACAGAUACCGGCAUUGUUGAUCAGGACAUCGAGACCCUUGCCGCCGAGCUUGGCCUCUGUCUCGGCAGCGGCCUUCUUGAUGGACUCUUGGUCUGUCACGUCAAGCUUGACCCAUUCGGCACGGCCAGAAGAGCUGUUAACAACUUCACUGAGGGCUGAAGAGUCGCUGCGGGAAGAAGCGAUAAUUUUGCUGACUUUGGAAGUGGGCAGAGCUAAAAGCUCCUUAACCAGAGCCAAGCCGAAUCCCCUAGAGGCACCGGUGAUGAAGAAGGAAGCCAUGGUUGUGAGUUUGUGUAUGCAAGCUUGAAAUGGUGUCGAUUUCGUGCGUGCGUUAGUGAGUAUGAGAUUUCUGGUGGUUGUGUGGGCUAUAGAUGGACCUCACUCAGAAUAUGCAGUGGAGGAAAUAUGGGAUACCCGAUAAUGUAUAGCGGCCAAGCCAAAUCACGGUACGCAUGCGGUUAGCGCCAGAGACGGAAAUGCAGGCCAUUUCCUUGAUCGCAGGAUUUGUCAGCGAGGGGGUGGUUGAGAAUGACCAAUGGUUAUGGUGGGGAAUAUACGGCUCGAUGGUGGAUGAUCUGCCCUUCUUUGUUUGUUUAAUGGAUGCAUUUGCGAUGGCA